GAGAUCUCCUCCCCAUUAACAAAUCUCCCUCUCCUCCGACAUUCCCUCACAAUCGUCGUCAUUAUCAUUGCCACCGCCACCAGCAUUUCCCUUUUUCUUUCAAUUCUAUCUGAACGUUAUUGGGCGCUUGAAGUUCCCGCCUCUUUUCUGCGGAAUCCGUGUAAUAUCGGAAUCCGCAAUGGAAGAUGAAUAGAAUAAUCCCAUCAUUCCGCCAUUUUAACCCUUCUUCCUCCUCCUCCUCCUCCUCCGCCCCUCCGCCUCCCACCGUCCCCGGUAUCGUCACCAACAGCCUGCUCUUAUGGCGCUACCAGAUCCUCGUUCCAGACAGCGAGAUCGUCACGUAUUGGAACCACGUCUUCCUCGUCACUUGCCUCAUCGCGCUCUUCAUAGACCCCCUGUACUUCUUCCUUCCGUACGUCGGUGGCCCCGCUUGCUUGCAGACCGACAACAGAAUGGGGGUAAUCAUCACGGUUUUCAGGUCCAUUGCCGACCUUUUCUACCUUUUGCACAUGAUCAUGAAGUUCAGGACUGCGUUUGUCGCGCCGAGUUCUAGGGUUUUCGGAAGGGGUGAGCUUGUUAUGGAUGCAGGGGAGAUUGCUAGGCGCUACUUGAGGUCGGAUUUCGUCAUUGAUCUUGCUGCUUUGCUUCCUCUACCCCAGAUUAUCAUCUGGAUAGUCAUUCCGGCCACAAGAAAUUCCAGAGCAGAUCAUGCAAACAACACUCUUGCUCUCAUUGUUCUCCUUCAGUAUAUUCCUAGAGCGUUUCAAAUCUUCCCUCUAAACAGGCGAAUCAUAAAAACUACUGGAGUUGUUGCUAAGUCUGCUUGGGCUGGAGCUAUAUACAAUCUCCUCCUUUAUGUACUAGCUAGUCAUGUAUUAGGAGCAAUAUGGUAUGUGUGUUCCAUAACGCGGCAGUUCUCCUGCUGGAAGGCAGAGUGUACUAAGGAGAAUGCUGCAAAAGUUCUAGCUUGCCUCCCCAGUUUUCUAGACUGUAAUAGUUUGGAACUCCCUGAACGGCAAUAUUGGUCCAACGUCACCAGUGUGCUUGCUAAUUGUGAUGCAAGGAACAGCACUCUUGAUUUCAAGUUCGGAAUGUUUGCUGAUGCUUUUACCAAUGAUGUUGCCUCCCAGAAUUUUGUUGUUAAGUACCUGUAUUGUCUUUGGUGGGGUAUAAGAAACUUAAGUUCAUAUGGACAGACUCUGGACACAAGUAUAUACCUUGGGGAGACAGUGUUUUGCAUUCUCAUAUGCAUUCUUGGUUUGAUUUUGUUCUCUCUGUUGAUUGGCAACAUGCAGACUUCUCUGCAAUCCCUGACGGUAAGACUUGAAGAGUGGAGAGUUAAACGAAGGGAUACUGAGGAGUGGAUGAGGCAUCGUCAGUUACCUCAAGAGUUACAAGAUCGUAUCCUCCAGUUUGUUCAAUACAAAUGGCUUGCUACUAGAGGAGUGGACGAAGAAUCAAUAUUACAGUCAUUACCCUUGGACCUACGUCGUGAAAUUCAACGUCACCUAUGCCUUUCACUUGUUCGCCGUGUUCCAUUUUUCUCACAAAUGGAUGACCAGCUUCUUGAUGCAAUUUGUGAACGUCUAGUAUCAUUUUUGAGCACUAAAGACACUUUCCUUUUUCGAGAGGGUGAUCCAGUGAACGAGAUUUUCUUUGUCAUCAGAGGGCAGCUAGAGAGCUCAACAACCAAUGGGGGAAGGUCUGGGUUCUUCAACUCCAUUACCCUUCGACCAGGUGACUUCUGUGGUGAAGAACUGCUGACAUGGGCCUUAAUGCCCAACUCUACCGCAAACCUGCCCACUUCAACUCGAACAGUUUUAGCAAAAAGUGAAGUUGAAGCUUUUGCACUCCAAGCUGAAGACCUUAAAUUUGUUGCACAUCAGUUCAAGCGGCUUCAGAGUAAGAAGUUCCAGCAUUCCUUUAGGUACUAUUCUCACCAAUGGAGAGCCUGGGGUGCAUGCUUCAUACAGUCUGCUUGGAGAAGGUAUAAGAAGAGAAAAUUGGCAAAGGAAUUGUUUGAACAAGAGAGCAGCUUCUACUACACGUCCGGACAAUAUGAUGACUAUGAAAACAAGAUAGAAGAUGAAAAUAAGAACCAUGAGAGGACAUCACCUGACGAUCCCAAUAUUGGUCAGCAUCUUGGUGCCACAAUUUUGGCCUCAAAGUUUGCUGCCAAUACUAGAAAAGGAUCUAACCAGAACGCUAGUGUCAUUGAUUCUUCUUCUAACAGCUUAAAGGUGCCCCAGUUGUUUAAGCCGGAUGAGCCUGAUUUCUCUGUAGACCACGACAAAGUUUAGUUAGUCCAACAACUAGUUAGAAACUUUGUAUUACCUAUAUGUAAAUUGUCUUGUAGAAUAGUAUUGAUGACAACAUUCUCUACACUUUGCUGUAUUAGUUGAUUUAUUCGCCCACAAUCACAAAACUCUGUGCACCAUCUUUUGUAACUAAACAUCUAAAUGUUCC